AUGGAUCACACCAUGCCUCCCAGUAAUGUUACUGAAUUUGUUCUCUUGGGACUCACACAGAAUCCACACUUGCAAAAAAUACUCUUCGUUGUCUUUUUGUUCAUUUUCUUCAUCACUGUGCUGGCCAAUUUGCUUGUGGUCAUCACCAUCUCACUAAGCCCCACCCUGUCUGCUCCCAUGUACUUCUUUCUCACUUACUUGUCCCUCAUUGAUGCCUCCUACACCUCGGUCACAACCCCAAAAAUGCUUAUCGAUCUGCUCUACCAGAGGAGGACCAUUUCUUUGGGUGGGUGUCUGAUGCAACUCUUUGUAGAGCACUUCCUGGGGGGCUCUGAGAUCAUCCUCCUCAUUGUCAUGGCCUAUGACCGCUACGUGGCCAUCUGCAAGCCCCUGCACUACAUGACCAUCAUGAGGCAGGGCCUCUGUCGCCUCUUGGUGGGAGUGGCCUGGAUGGGAGGGAUUUUGCAUGCCACAGUGCAAAUUCUUUUCAUGAUCCACCUGCCCUUCUGUGGACCCAAUGUCAUCGACCACUUCAUGUGUGACCUCUUUCCUUUGUUGAAACUGGCCUGCAGAGACACCUAUCUGCUGGGAACGGUGGUGGCAGCCAACAGUGGAGCCAUGUGCUUGCUCAUUCUGUCCAUGCUGCUUGUCUCUUACGCAGUCAUCCUGAAUUCCCUGAAAUCCCAUGGCUCUGAAGCACGGCACAAAGCUCUCUCCACCUGUGCCUCCCACUUCACUGUCGUCAUUCUCUUUUUCGUACCUUGCAUAUUCACCUACAUGCGUCCUGUGGCUACCUACCCUGUGGACAAGUUGGUAACUGUGUUCUUUGCAAUCCUCACUCCCAUGCUGAAUCCUAUAAUUUACACAGUGAGAAACACAGAGGUGAAGAGUGCCCUGAGGAUUUUGUUGAAUCAAUCUUCAAUAAUAAAUAAUCAAUAG